AUGAAACCUCCACAAAAAGCUUCUUCAUCGGCGAGCAAUAAGAGUGUAUCUGAAUCCGAGUCAGAAGAAUCCAAGAAUGCCGAGUCUACUUCAAGAAUCCAAGAGCUUCUUCCUCUUGUGACUGCUUCUUCUCUUCCUAUGGCUGAUUCUGCUCUUCCUGCUUCCUCAAAGAAGAGACAAAGAGGAGCUAAUGAAGAGAGUGGUACUUCAAAACGUGGCAAGGUGGUGGGGACUCAGUUUCACAAAAAAUGGAGUGAAGAAGAUGAGGUAAUCUUAGUCCAAACAAUGAUUGAUCAUUGUUCAAAACUCAAUGACAAACAUGCUUUUUACAAAAUUGUUUCAAACUCUAUGUCUUUUGAGAUUAAGAGUAUGAAGCAGUUGAGUGGAAAAAUCAGAUGGUUGAAGAACAAGUAUGUGGGAAGAUAG